CGGAAGUCCGAUUGCAGCUUACCCUCGAUCUCACAUCAUCCCCGUCCUCUCUCGUCUCUCCACCCCCCAAAAUGGGAUCCUCCAAUCACACGGCCCGCUCCAUCCUGGACGCCUUCUACGCGGCGGAACGCGUCUACAUGGCCUCGCCACCCGACCAGCGCGACUUCUCUCCCCUGGCGGCCACCAUCGCCCCGACCUGCCGCCUCGAACAGACCUCCGCCCUACCCUAUGCUGGCACCUACUUCGGCCCUGACGGCAUGCAGGACUGGUCCCAGCAGAUGGCCGACCGGUUCUCCGUCGUCGACGUCCAGAACCCCGAGAUCUUCGAACGCCCCGGGUCCGACCGCAUCGUCGUGGUCUCGACGAUACAUCUGAAGGUGCGCAAGACCGGCGAGGAGCUGGACUUUCCCUUCUGCCAGGUGGUCACGGUCGACCUGGAGAGGGGCCAGAUCACCGAGAUGAGGCCAUUUUACUGGGAUGUGGCGGAGGUGAAUCGGGCGUUGCAAUAGGGUGUCGCUGGUCGGAUAAUUCCUCGCACGUCGAUCCCGUUGUAUAUAAGUGAACCGUGAUACAAGACCCAUCGGGUGGAUCCCAGAAUUUCCCCGCAUCGAAGGUGGGAGGCUGUGGUGGGGGCCUGAGAUAUUCGCUUAGCACAAAGUCCGCAGAAUGCCCACUCAGUCCUCCUGUCAACAUACGCAUCUCUUCGUACUUUUAUCGCUAUGUGGACUCUAUCUGAGAUGAAUGGUCCUCUUUG